UUGAUAUAUUGCUGAGAGACAGAGAGAGAUAUUGCUGAGAGAGAAUCAUCAAUGGCGGUUCACGCAGUGAAGUCUCUGGUAAUACAGAAACUCUCAGAUAUGCUGCGUGAGGGAUCAGUAACCUUUAACAUAGUGAUGGCAGAUCAACUAAAGGAGAUGGAAGAACAACUUCGACAGACGGGAGACUACUUAAUUGGUGCCGAAGAGAAGCAAGAAACAGACGACGACCGUAAGGAUUGGGUUAAGAGUUAUCUACUCAACCUUUACAAUGUUGAGGAUGCCAUCGAAAUUUUUGACCUCAGCAUUGCACGUCAGAGGAAGAAGCUUGGUUUUCUGAUGAAUUACGCUCUCUUUUUCAAGAACUUGAACGCUUGCCGUAAGCUUCGCAAGAAGAUGAAGAGAACCAGAGCCAGAAUCAAAAUUCUCAACAGUACAAUGUCAAGAAGGGUUGAUGAUAUCAGUCAGAGGUCUUUCACCACCCACUCUAGCUUCCAGAGCGAUCGGUCAUUGGACAAUCGGGAAAGUAGCAUUUCUGGUGGUACUCAUAUUGGUGAGAGCAGUGGUGCUCAAGGUGAUCAAGAUCAAGAAGAAAAAGAAGAGCAAAAAGCAAAAAAAGAAGAGCAGGAGGAGAAAACUGGUACAUUGCAGCUCAGUUCCAAGCCACUCCUUAAACACAGUGGUUCUGCAAUUCCACAAGUCCAUACGGUAAGAUUAGAAAGAGUGAAUCGAUUUCGGAUUCUAAGCAAAGAAUCUCGCAAGAGAGUUCAUUUGCAGCAGCGAAAACUACUUUUCACCAAUUCUUACGAUGAAGAACAACUGGGCAAUUUAGGGUUUGGAGAAGUUGUGGAUGGCUUGGUGGAACAGUUGACAGAGAGAGACAACCGCAUCGUCUCAAUUGUUGGUAAAAGGGGAUCAGGCAAGACUACCCUUGCCCGUGCAAUCUACAAAAAUAGAGCAAUCGAAGGGUUUUUUAACUGUCGUGCUUGGAUCUCUGUUUCCAAAGAGUAUUCCAAAGCAGAUCUCUUGCUAAGCUUGUUAAAACAGGUAUCCGAGUCGAAGGACCAAGCUGCUGCUACUGAAGAAGUAAUGCAAAAAAGACUCUUGGAGCGGUUGAAGACGAAGAGGUGCCUAAUUGUCCUGGACGAUGUAUUCAUACGCGAUGUGUGGGAAAAACUAAAAGAUGCCUUCCCAUACACAAGAAAAUGGACCCAGAUAAUCCUCACCACUUGCGACAUAGAUGUGGCGAGGUAUGCUGAUCCAGAUGGCCUUCCGCAUCACUUGAACCCCUUAGACAACAGCGCUAGCUGGGACUUGUUAAUGAAAAGUGCAGGCUUAGAAGAAACCAGUCCUUCAAGUCCAGAUCACGUCCAGCAAAGGAUUUUAAAAAUAUGCAAUGGUCUACCCCUCAACAUUGUCCUACUUGGAGGUCUGUUAUCGACUAAGAAAUCAAGCAGCUACAAGGAGUGGAAUCGAGUGCUGUCAAGCCAAAAGAAUUGGGAUACCACAGACAUAUUGUCAUUGAGCAUUAACGACCUGCCUUUCCUCUCCAAGCUCUGUCUGCUUUAUUUGGCGCUUUUCCCGAAAGAAUUUGACAUCCCGGUGAGGAGGUUGCUUCGGUUGUGGCUUGCGGAGGGAUUCAUGGCGCAACCAGACAAGGUCCCAGAGGAUGUUGUGCAGGAAUGUUUCGACGAUCUAGUCAAUCGGAACUUGGUUCAAGUAUCAAAAUUGAGAUCCGAUGGCAGCUACAGAAGAUGUCGUUUACAAGGUACAGUCCAUGAUUACUUACUGGAGAAAGCCCGUGAUAUCAGCCUAUUCUAUUUCCACGGCAGCUUGGAUUACCAUGAAGAUUCAGCAGGUCCGUUUGGUGUUCGUAGGAUCAUCGAGUACGUCGACAUUAAGAAGUUCUCGGAUUUCCCUCAUAAACUUUCUCACCAACGUUUGCGGGCUUACUUGUCGUUCAACUUUCAAAAGAAGGAUACACCCGCAAAGGAGGUAGGCAGAUUUUUAAGCAUAAUUGUUGGUAGUGGCUUUGGAUUACUCAGGGUGCUUGAUCUUGAGGGGGUGUACAGACCCAAUUUGCCCGACAAACUGGGUAAUCUGUUUCAUUUGAGGUACUUGGGUUUGAGAUGGACCUUCUUGGACACCCUUCCUCAAACAGUUGGUGAUCUUCCCAACCUCGAGACACUGGAUAUAAAGCACACAUAUAUCAACACUCUCCCAAAUUCCAUUUGGAAAUUGAAGCACCUUCGGCAUCUGAAUCUCAAUGGGAAUCAUCUUGACAUGCCUAAGCAACCACAUGGUUUACUCAAAGAACUCCUAACAUUGUGGGGUUUAUUUGUGGAUCGCAAGAGCCCGGUGAAGAAUGGAUUGAACAAGUUGCGUGAUCUCAGAGAAUUAGAACUAACGUUUAAUCUCAGCUCAAACGAAGACUUAAUUGACUGGAUUGCAGGUUUAACGGCUCUUCAACUCCUGAGGUUGCGAUCCAAAGAUGAUAGAGGACGUCCUUCAAAACUGGAUUGGAAGCCAUUGUCCAAGUUGGAGAAACUUUCCAACCUCAAAUUGCUCGGCAACUUUCCAAGUUGUACCCAAGAAAACUUGACAAUUUGUAAGCUGCCUGAUCCACGUGAAUUCCCACCCACUCUCAAGGUUCUAACUCUCUCGAUCUCUCAGCUGAAUGUUGAUCCAAUGCCAACCCUAGGUACUCUGUCAGAGCUAACAGUUCUCAGGCUUUUGGCGAAUUCGUACUGCGGUACCACAAUGGUUUGCCCUCGGGGAACAUUCACUAAGCUUCGAGACCUGAAACUGUGGAUGCUGAAGGAGCUAGAGGAAUGGAAUGUUGAGGAUGAGGCAAUGGGGAGCCUCAAAGAACUGAAUAUUAGAUGCUGUGACAAGUUGAAGAACAUACCAAACAGAUUGCUGCAAUCCAACACCUUGGAGGAAUUGAUUUUAACAACAAUGCCAAAAGAAUUCACAGAUGAAGUUCGCCAAAAGAAGUCCAACCAUACAUACCUGACCGUCAAUCACUGGAAAUUCAGUGAUUUGCCGUGGGAGGAAGAUGAUACAUCAGAGAGAAACACAGAGUGCAAUGGUCAUUCAGAUUCAGCAAUGCCGACGCUGCUUGAGGCCAGGCCAGUUGGUUGCUCUGAGUAGAGUGAAGCGAGGCAUUGAUGCCAUGGGGAGAUUUUAGAGAUAGAUGAAUUAUUUCACCACUACAUUUCUUCUGUUCUGUGCUCCACCUUGUUAUGCUUGAGUGUGUAGUGGUCUGCACCAGUACCUUUAUUUUGUUGUGUGUGUUGUGUGUUUGAAGACUCUCCUCCUCCUCCUUUAUUUUGCUUACCUUUCAAUUGCCGCAGUAGUGGACUGCACUGCACUACUAGUAUUUUGUAUCGGGUCAAAAACAGAAAUAAAAAUCUCAUUUCGUCCUAUUAUUAAUACUUUUCCAUGUUCCUGGUGUAUGCAAGGGCUGAAAUGUUUGUAUCACUUAUCACAAUUUAG